AUGCAGCACAAACUCCCCCACACAGCCACCUCCCACCCCAACGACCCCAUUCCCCGGGAGCCGCGCGAGCUGCCCCAGCUCGCCCUCAAGCCGGCGCCCCCUUCCGCCCAACCCGAGCACCCGUCCCCCAAGUCGUCGGGCGAGUCGAUGCUAUGGAGCCAGAACAGCAGCGACGACUCCGAGGCGCCCAUGACGCCCAACACCGAGCCCGACCACGCCGUCGAGGAGCUGGUCGACAAGCUGCAGGACCUGCCCGCCGCCGCCGUCAACUUCAACGGCCAGACACGCCCUAGACGCGCCUCCACCACGCUCAUCUCAGACAGCCCGACCGACAUCAGACGCAUCCUCGGCGACGGCGAGACGGCCACCAAGCUCAUCAGCCAGUGCUGCGGCGGCGGCUGCUGUCUGCUCAAGACCCUGCAGCCAGACACGUCGUCUUCGUCGUCUGUCCCUGUCGUCGUCCCCGACAAUGUCGCCUUCAGCAGCCUCCACCUCAAGCUCGGCCCGCUUGCUCUCGACAGCGAGCUCACCGACACAACACCGCUACCGCCCCUCACCAUGUCCUUCGAGCCCCUCCCCUCCAAGGACAUCAAGCACGUGUCCGAGGUCCACAAGACACCGCCCAAGUUCGUCCAGCCACACCCGCCGUACGACGUCUACUCGGCCCCACUGUACCACGCCCGCGAGUUGACCAAGCCCGGCGCCGAGAAGAGGACGAUCCACUUCGACAUCGACGUAACGGACUACCCUGACGAGGGCGGGGUCGAUUUCAAGGUCGGCGGUGCCGUCGGCAUCUGCCCACCCAACGCACCGCACAUGGUCGACGACAUGUUUGACCUGCUCGGUGUCCCCAAGUUCCUCCGCGACAAGCCCGUCACACUCAAGACCAAGACCGGACGAUGGCCUACCAUCUGGGGAGAAGACCAGCCACGCGAGCUACUCACUACGCGCCGCGAGCUGCUUACCUGGUGCGUGGACAUUCAGUCCAACCCACCGACCAAGAACCUCCUCCGUGUGAUGGCCGAGUACGCCGACGCACCCAACGAGAAGAAGAUCCUGGAAUAUCUCUGCUCGGCACAGGGUCAAGCAGCCUUCUGCGACCUUCGCACCACGUCCCACCUCACUGUUCCCCAGAUCCUCAGCGCCUUCCCGUCCUCGAAGCCUCCGCUACCGAGCCUCCUCUCCGUCCUCACCCAACUCAUGCCACGCUUCUACUCGCUCUCCAACGACCCGCACAUCUCAUCCGCCCGCCCUGGUCUGCCCGGCACGCGCCGUUUGAUCGAGAUGGCUGUGACGAUCCACGAAGCGCCUGACUGGCACGCGCCCGGCGCUACGCGAACCGGUGUUGGCAGCGGCUUCAUGGAGCGCAUUGCCCACCAGUUCAUCACCGCCGAGAGUGAAGGUGUUGAUCCCCGCAGCAUCCUCGACAUCCGUGUCCCCAUGUUCCGUGGCCUGAUGGCCAACCCACUGUCCAAGCAGUUUGGCGGCGAGGGUCCAAUGGUUCUCAUCGGCGCCGGUGUUGGCAUGGCACCCUUCCGAGGAUUUAUCCUGAACAGGCUUAAGAAUGCCAACUGCGCCAACAAGAUCUGGCUCAUCCAGGGCGUCCGCGACUCCAUGUUGGAUGAGCUGUACUCUGGCGAGCUGGGUGAUCACGAGCGCGAGAUCAAGAAGGUCGUUCAGAGCCGUAAGACGCGCGUCAGUGGUCAGACCGAGGCCAAGUACGUCCAGGACGAGGUUCGCAUGCAAGCCGACAUUGUGUGGUUCGUCAUCAACGCACUAGACGGCCGCAUCUUCGUUUGCGGAAGCAGCAAGGGUAUGGGUGAGGGUGUUGAGGAGGCACUCAUCGACAUUACCAUGCAGAAGGGCAACCUCAGCAGGGAGGAAGCUCACGAGUUCUGGGCCAACAAGAAGAACGAUGGCCAGUACAUUGCCGUAAGCGUAUUCCCUCGAGAGGUAAACCAAAGCUCAAGUUGCUGA